ACAUCGAAACCAAACCAAAUCAAACCCGUCCAGUCCAAAAAAAGCAGAUACUCAUAACAUCACCUGUCCCACUUCUUCAUUUCUCCAACUACACAAAAAAAUUCAUCGAGACACAGAGAGAGAGAGUGAGGGGAGCAGUGAUCAGGUAUGUUGCAGCAGAGCAGCGGAGGUGGGACCGUGACUGUGGUGGGCCCGGACUUCGAGCUCCCCGACGAGAUACUCUCGGUGAUUCCCACGGAUCCCUAUGAGCAACUCGAUCUGGCCCGGAAGAUCACGUCCAUGGCUCUGGCUUCGCGCGUGUCCAAGCUCGAGUCCGAGGUGGGCCGCAUGCGCCACCGCCUUCACGAGAAGGACCAGGCGCUGUUCGACCUCGAGGACCGGUUCGGUUCGCUCGAGCGAGCCUACCAGGAGGCCCAGGCCAGACUCAAUAUCGCUCUCGAUGAUAAUAUGAAGCUUUCAAGGGAACGGGAUUCUUUGGAAAUAACUACAAAGAAGCUUGGCCGUGAUUUGGCAAAGUUGGAACAAUUUAAGAGACAACUGAUGCAGUCCCUAAAUGAUGACACAUCUACAGCUGAAACUGUUGAUAUUGGUACAUGUGACCAACUGGUUCCUAGGGCGUAUCCUGAUAAGGAUGAGGGGGCAAAUGGCUAUGUGGCACAUCAAUCUUUGACUGGCUCAACAGACCUAGCAAAUAAAACUGAUGAAGCGUCAUGGCGUUCUGGGCAAAGAUUUUCUAUUACUCCAUAUAUCACACCACGGCUUACGCCAACUGGAACUCCAAAAAUUAUCUCCACAAGUGGAUCCCCUAGAGGUUACUCUUCUGUUGGAUCUCCUCAGAAAACUUCUGGUGCAACAUCUCCCACAAAACCACCAUAUGAAGGGCGUGCCAUACUAUCUUCGUGGUACCCAUCAAGCCAGCAGUCAUCAGCAGCAAACUCUCCUCCUCGAGGACGUUCACAGCCAGGGCGGACUCCUCGAAUUGAUGGAAAGGAGUUUUUUCGUCAAGCCAGGAGUCGGCUAUCAUAUGAACAGUUCAGUGCAUUUCUGGCCAAUAUCAAGGAACUGAAUGCUCAAAAGCAAACUCGAGAGGAAACUCUAAGGAAAGCAGAAGAGAUAUUUGGGACGGAUAACAAAGAUCUUUACCUAUCAUUUCAGGGAUUGCUAAACCGCAAUGUGCGCUAGAACUCAAAAGUACAUUGCUUGUGAUGGUUUUUAAUAAGUGGUCAAUUUUCCAUUAGUGGUUGGCAGGUUGUGGACCAAACUUGUUCCUAGCUGCUUUGAGUGGUAUUUAAUUUGUCGAAGUUGUGAUCAACAUCAGUUUGAUCAGCUAUAGUUUAGCAAACAAGAGUAGGGUUUUGUAGGGUUCAGUAUGUCCCAUUUAGUGCAGGUAUGCUGUGUAAAUAAAUGCUUUGGUUUCUGCAUCACCUGCUCGGCUAUCUAAGAGACAUUACUGUUAGAAGAUUCAUUUCUUAAAACUGCUUGUAAAGAGGGAAUGCUCUUCAAUGCAUCUGAUAUAUUGCAUCUUCUCUCUCAUACAAUUCAUCUCUGAUAAAUGAUUAAAUCAUUGAGAUUUUAUUUUUUUGCUCUA